GCAGCGGUGGGGGGCGGGCGUAGUCGCGCCUCCUGUAUAUGAAGGGCCGCGCGCUUCGGCGGGAGCAGAGACGGCUCAGAGAAGCAGCGGCAGCCGUGACGGCUUUGGGAUACGGAGGAGACCCACACCGAGCGCAUCCAGCCGGACUGAAACCCCGCAGCGGAACGCAGACAGAGGAACCUGCAGUCAUGAGAGCCGUUAGCGUCAACCUGAUCAGCCUGCUGUUCAUCUACUGCAGCCUGCACGCGCCCCGCGUGACAGAGGGCUGCUCGUGCGCUCUGACGCACCCGCAGGACGCUUUCUGCAACUCCGACAUAGUGAUUCGGGCGAAAGUGGUGGGUAAGAAGAUGGUGACGGAGGGGCCUUUUGGAACAAUGCGCUACACAGUCAAGCAAAUGAAGAUGUACAAAGGAUUCGACAAAAUCCAACAUGUCCAGCACAUAUACACACACGCCUCUGAGAGUCUGUGUGGCGUCAAAUUUGACAUCAACAAGUACCAGUACCUCAUCACAGGUCGUGUGUAUGAUGGCAAAGUCUACACAGGACUGUGCAACCUGAAUGAGCGGUGGGAGCGGCUCUCGCUGGCACAGAAGAAGGGCAUCAACCAUCGCUACCAGCUGGGCUGCGGAUGCAGGAUCAAGCCCUGCCACUACCUGCCCUGCUUUGUUACCUCCAAGAACGAGUGCCUAUGGACGGACAUGCUGUCCCACUUUGGGUACCCCGGCUACCAGUCCCGGCACUAUGCCUGCAUCCAGCAGAAGGAGGGCUACUGCAGCUGGUACCGAGGCAUGACCACCCGCGACAAAACCACCACCAACGCCACCGACCCCUGAACUCCAUCAUUAAACUCAAUGCCACCCUCAGACUCCACCCCCCAAUCACCUGUAGAUCAUCACAGGACUCCUGAAGGUCCCUGAUGGCCUCCAAGGGGGUAAAAAGAGCACAUUUUUAACAGUGCCUGUUUGUAGCUUCUCCGCAAAUUGCCCUUAAACUCAAAUGUUUUUUUCAUUUUCCCCCCACAGUCUGCACUCAAUGUGGUCCUUACACUGAGCAGUCAUGGAAGUAGCAAUGGUUUGUCAGAAUCCAAAACAACCCAUUUCUCCACUAAAUUACAAUCCGAGGCCUCCAGCUCGACUGUUGCUAGAAAGUCUGUGCAUUUAGUUUAUCUUCUAAAACAGUUUUCACUCCGUUUCAAGGGAAAACAGCCAAAAUAAACAUGAACCUAAUGCAUUAGUUCCCUAGCACCGGCUGUCUCUUCAGCUCAGAUUUUGUGCCAAGACGUGUAUUAUCGGUCAUACCCACUUUUUGUCUUCAAAAAGCUUUGUAAAAAAAGUAUUGUUUUUCAGUAAGUUAUAUAAUGUUCUUAUGGUGGAAGUAUGGGCGCUUCUCUUAUUAGCUGUAGUGUGACUUUUACAGUUGCAUCACAAACAGCUCCCACCCUCUGUUGUGUAUCAAAGAACAUCAUAGAAAUAUUAAACUUGGUGCAAACACAGGGAGUCUUUCUAUUGAAAAGAUUGAGGUUUUUGUUGGUUUGUUUUUCUGUACAUACCAUAAACUACAGACAGAAUCAACUCAGCCAAAACGUCUCCAUUUAAAUAUUUAUCAUGACCCAUUCAGUAUAUAGUGUUUGUACAGACAAGAAGAAGAAUAUUACACAUUUGACAACACACAGUGAAAGACAACAACAGGUUGUUGAAUAUUAUGGUACUUUAAAUGUGUUUAACCAUAGUUCCCCUUCCUAGUACUGUUCAAUCACCCAACAGCAACACAUCACAAGAAGAGGAUGACGAUGACAAAAUAUUUUCUGAGUGUAUAUUCAGUCUUUUGUAUCUAACUAUUUUAAAUGAACAUUAUAUAUGUAUAAAUGAAAGUAACAACAUUGUCUUUAUUUUUCCUUUUUUCACCUGCUGUCAUGGUUUUCCUCACUUUUUCCUCACCUUCAUUCCAUUCCAACAAACCAGCCUAAAAUGGUCGAAGAACUGCUUUGUCUCUUAAAUUUGAUCAAUUAAAAACUGUCCCAAAAACUAAGUUAAAAUGAGCUAAUUAUUUUUGGAACCAACAUUUUUAUUUAAAGUUUGGAGCAAAUUGAUGGUGUACUCUGUAACCUCAAGAGAAUAGUUAGCUAACCUUUAGCUUCGCUAGCAUAUGCUAUAGCUAGUGUUAACUAAACAAGCUAAUUUAACAGAUAACAUAAGUUGUUUUUCUAUGUAUUUAUUUAUAUUUUUUAUUUUUUUUACAAAACUGCCUAUAUGUCAACAAUUUCUAAAUGGUGGUAGACUAUGCUAGCUUUCUGAGAGCUUUAGCGUUAGCCUUUAGGAAAAUGGCUGUAUUUGACCAGUACAUGCUCCAGAAUGUAAUAUAAAAUGAAUUUGCCAUGUUCUAUUAAAACAUACAUGCCUUAACGAUAAAUUUGUACAAAUGUUCGAGAUCAAUUCAACACAACAAACCAUUUUAUAGAAAUAUGUAUUGCAUAAAAAUGUAGGAAAAGAAACAUUUGCAAAAUGUCUACCAAUUUUUUGGGUGACAAUGAGGUUCUUCCUCCUUUUCUGGCAUUUGUGUCAUUAUUUUUUGGAUUCAUGUUUGUGUAAAUAGCAAACAUUAAUUGGUCAAAUUUGAGUCAUGGAAAAUAGAAACACUCACACAAAAAAAAACCUCCAAUCAAGGAAGCUGUGUACAGUCUGUGUGUAAACGCUGAUUCCUAAAUUGUGCCGGUUGGGGGGGGUGGUGAAGAUUGCUAAUAAGGGUUAUAUAAAUGUUUGACUUAAUUUCUGUUUUCUAUUUUUAUAAUAAAGAUUUAAUGAAAAAUGGACCAAA